AUGCACAUCUUCGGUGUUACUGAGUUUGCCGUGCGCCUGCCUGCAUGGCUGUGUUCUGUAGCCACCAUCGCAUUGACCCACCACCUGGCUAAGGACCAUUUUGGCCUUCGCGUGGCCGCCCUUAGCGUGCUGGUCCUGAGCAGCAGUUAUCUGGGCUACGUGGCGUUAGGUAAGGUCCACACGGACGCCGCCCUGACCUUUUCUGUCACUCUGGCCCUGGUGGGUUUAUACCAGUGGCUGAGCAAGCAGCGGUUAACCUGGUACCUCGCCGGCAUUUUAGGCCUGAGCCUGGGCUUGCUGGCCAAAGGUCCAGUCACCUUCGUUUAUGUGGGGUUGCCAGUCGUGCUCUGGCUGCUGAUCACCAGGCAGCUUUGGCGCCCGACAACCUGGCUGGCACUGGGUAGUGCGGCAGCCGUCGCAACGCUGCUGGUUGCACCCUGGUACAUCGCUGCAGAAAACGCCUAUCCCGGCUAUCUCGAAUACUACCUGCAGGGUGAACACUUCCAUCGCUUUCUUGACGCGGGUUGGGUGGGCGACUUAUACGGGGCUGGCCACGCGGAACCCCGCGGCACCAUUCUUCUGUACGCUGUGGAAAGCCUGUUACCCUGGAGCCUGCUGGUACCGCUACUGAUUCUUACCCGGUAUAUCGGCGGGUAUUGGCAGUCGGGUUUACGUCUGAGACUGGCCGAAACAAAUCCUCUGGUACUCUACCUCCUGUGCUGGGCGAUAGGUCCGCUGCUGUUUUUCACCUUCUCGGCCAACGUUGUACCGCCAUAUAUCAUGCCCACGCUCACCGCCUGGUCAGUUAUUUUAAGCCUACUUCUGGCACAGCUCUUAAGCCAACGCAAGAAACACGUUAUCCCGGUGCUUUUUGUUGUUGCGCUGGCGAUACCCACGGUCAAGCUGGUGCAGAACAGCACCAGUGAUUUCUGGUAUGACGGGGCGCGCAACCAGAAGGGGCUGGUAGACACUCUGGUUAAGUUGCGAAGCACUGAAAAUGCGGACGUCGUCUUUCUCGGCAAACGACUGUAUGCCGCAGAAUUCUACGGCAGUGAUUACGCUUACUCUUCUCGCAAGCCUGCCGACCUGAACCUCUCGCAGCCAGUUUACCUUGCACACCUGAGCAGUCACAACGGCAUCAAAGGGCUGGAAAUUCUCACGCCAACAGACAUCGAGGGAGCCGUUCGGUUGUUUCAUCGGGAUGGUUUUGUGGUGAUUGCGGAUAUUCUGAACAACGCACAGAUUCAACAACUGUCCGAAGGUUGCCAGGAAGUGGUUGAUGAAAUCCUGGCGCUGGAUGAAAACCGCAGCGGCAAUCGCGGCUCACAUCGCUACUCCUUUGGCGGCUCCAGUCUCACCCGCAGCCAGCUGCAUCGACCUGCCUGGCAGAUGUUGCUGGACAUUCCAGCGGUCACCACCUUACUUACCGCGCUGUUUGGGUCACCCAACUACACGCUCAGGGCUGCAAGCGGCGAUUUUUGCCUGCCGGGCGCGGUUGAAUAUCAGCGGCUGCACGCGGAUGUCCGGGACUGGGUCGACAACACAUCUUCCCCGUUCAGCGCAUUCCAUGAUGUGACGCGCCUGAAUGGGCCAACAAGGCAGAUUCCUGGCACGCAGAACUCCAGGGAAAAGAUUCCCAGCCUCAAAGACGAGCCGGAAUGGAUGCGUCUGAACACGGUUUGCCCGGCCCCUGCAGGCAGUAUUAUGGUUCGUGAUACACGCGCCUGGCAUGGCGGCACACCAAAUCUGUCAGAUGAGGUGCGUUCGAUACCUAAUCUGGAAUUUUAUGCGCCCUGGUUCCGUGAACCCAUGGUGCCUGGCAUCAGCUACGCUGACUUUAAGAAACUGUCAGAGCAUGCUCAGCAACUGGUCAGGAUUUGUGUUGCAGACUCUAGUGAAGAACUUGUGACUGGCACCACUCUGCGUAUCAAUUUCAUUGAUACCGCCAAUCAAUACGGUGGUGAUAAAGGUGUGGGCACCACGGAAAUGAUCAUCGGCAAGUGGCUGUCCCAGGACAGCAGCCGGCGCGACAAACUGGUCAUCGCCAGCAAGGUGCAUGAACCCAUGUCAGACGACAUCAAUGACCGGGGCUUGUCUGCACGGCAUAUUCAGAUGGCCUGUGAUGCCAGUUUGCAACGCCUGGGCGUUGAACACAUCGACCUGUAUCAGAUGCACCAUAUUGAUCGCAGCGCGCCGAUUGAAGAGAUAUGGCAAGCUAUGGAGCGACUGAUUGCCCAAGGCAAAAUCACCUACGUGGGGUCCAGCAAUUUCCCGGGUUGGGCCAUUGCACGCGCCAAUGAAAAAGCGAUUGCACGUCACCAGCUCGGGCUGGUGUCGGAACAGAGCCUGUAUAACCUGCUCGAGCGCGGGGCCGAACUCGAAGUGAUACCCGCCUGCCAGGCCUACGGAGUUGGACUCAUUCCAUGGAGCCCUUUGUCCGGCGGCUUGUUAGCCGGCAGCAGCAGUGAAGCGACAGGCCGGCGUCAAUCAGCUGAAGCCAAAGCGGCAUUCUUGACACGAUCCGAACAGCUAAAAAAGUUCGAGAAUCUGUGCACUGAACUCGACGAGUCCCCCAGCAACAUCGCGCUCGCCUGGUUGCUGCAUCAGCCCGGCGUCACCGCUACCAUCAUUGGCCCGGGCAGUGCUGCCCAGCUGACCGCUGCUCUGCAUGUGCCAGACAUCACUUUAUCGACCCAGACGCUGGCGGCACUGGAUGAGAUUUUUCCUGCCUGCGGCGCCGCUCCGGAAGCUUACGCCUGGUAA